UAGGUGAGGGUUGGAACGUAGAUCGACCGGUAAAUCGAGAGCUUUGCCUUCAGGCUCAGCUCCCUCUUCGCCACAAUGGUCCGGCACAACGCCUGCAUUACUGCUGAAGCCGAGCCAAUCCGUCUGUCAAUCUCACGCUCCAUCCUACCAUCACUCGUGAACAAGACCCCGAGAUACUUGAACUCCUCCACUUGGGGCAAGGAUUCACUCCCCACCCGGAGAGCGCAAUCCACCUAUUUCCGGCAGAGAACCAUGGCCUCGGACUUGGAGGUGCUAACCCUCAUUCCAGCCGCUUCCCACUCAGCUGCAAACCACCCCAAUGCCUGCUGGAGGUUCCAGCUUGAGGAAGCCAACAAAACCACAUCAUCUGCAAAAAGCAGAGACGAGAUUUUGAGGUCCCCAAACUGGAAACCCUCCUCCCCCCGGCUGCUCCUUGAGAUCCUGUUCCUGAAGAUCACAAACAGGAUCGGUGACAAGAGGCAACCCUGGCGGAGGCCAACACGCACUGGGAACGUGUCUGACUUUGUGCCGAGGAUGUGGACACAGCUCCCACUUUGGUCAUACAGGGACCGGAUGGCUCGUACCAACGGCACCGGGGCCCCAUAUUCCCGCAGUACCCCCCACAUGAUCCCUGAGGGACACGGUCAAAAGCCUUUUCCAAAUCCACAAAACACAUGUAGACUGGAUGAGCAAAUUUCCAUGCUCCCCCAAGAAGCCCUGCGAGGGUAAAGAGCUGGUCCACUGUCCCACGGCCGGAACGGUAUCCACAUUGUUCCUCCUGUAUCCGAAGUUCGACAAUCAGCCGGAGCCUCCUUUCCAGCACCCUAGAGUAAGCUUUCCCCGAAAGGCUAAGAAGUGUGAUACCCCGAUAAUUGGAGCACACCCUCCGGUCCCCCUUUUUGAAAAUGGGAACCACCACACCGGUCUGCCACUCCACAGGCACUGUCCCAGAUUUCCACGCGACAUUGAAAAGGCGUGUCAGCCAAGACAGCCCAACAAUGUCCAGAGCCUUUAGCAUCUCAGUGACCUCUGCCAAGGUUAGUGGUAAGGCUUCCCCUGGAUCUUAAGACUCUGCCUCCUCUUCAGAGGACGUGUUGUCUGGGUUCAGGAGUUCCUCAAAGUAUUCCUUCCACCGCCCAACAAUGUCCCCAGUUCGGGUCAGCAGUUCUCCACCCCUGCUGAUAACAGCCUGGGGCAAGCCCUGCUUUCCCUUCCUGAGCCGUCGGACGGUUUGCCAGAACCUCCUUGAGGCCAACCGAAA